AAUGCCACAAAAUUUGUUACCCAAAUUUCCCAUUUCUCCCUUUUUUGUUACCCGCUCAUUACUCCCUCUUCUUCUCAUCUUCGUCGCGCCCUAAAUCCCUCAAAUAACUCUCAAAAUUUGCUCCCAAAUUUCCCAUUUCCUGCAACACAAGUCAAUACACCUACACCAAUCACACUUCUUUUUCCUUUUCAUUUCUUCAAAGGUAGUAGUAGAAAGGGGAGUUCUAGGAAAUCUGGUCGAGAUUCGGCUGAGAAGAAAGAGCCAAUGCUCAUGCUAGGGUUUUGUUGAUUGUUUGGUUUUUAUUGUUUUGUUUAUGUGCUCGUUUUUUGUUUGGGAUUUCGCUUUCUGAUAGACCUAAAUGGAAGCAGUUUCUUAUUUGCUCUUCUGGGUUCUUCUUUGGUUACCUUGUCAAUGGCAUUUGCGAGGAAUAUGUAUACAAUAGACUCCAGUUCAGGUUUCAGUCCGAAGAAAAUGGUGAACCCAUGGAAGACUUAUGUGAAACUCUCUGCUGUUCUCAUGGGCUCUCACGGCCUCACAAAAAGAUCUUUAGCUUUCCUCAAUUACCCAGCACAGCUCAUGUUUAAAUCCACCGAAGUUCUUCCAGUGAUGGUAAUGGGUGCCUUCAUACCUGAUUUGAGACGAAAAUACCCAGCACACGAAUAUGUUUCUGCAAUACUUUUAGUACUGGGUUUGAUCCUUUUCACCUUAGCUGAUGCACAAACUUCACCAAGCUUCAGUGUAAUUGGUGUAAUAAUGGUGAUUGGUGCUCUUGUAAUGGAUUCUUUUCUGGGUAAUUUGCAAGAAGUUAUCUUCAACAUGAACCCUGAAACAACACAGAUGGAAAUGCUAUUUUGCUCCACCGUCGUUGGUUUGCCAUUAUUGAUCCCACCCAUGGUUUUAACAGGAGAAGUAUUCGAAGCAUGGAAUUCGUGUUCUGAGGCUAGACUCAGAGAGGCAGCAUCGCUGGAGAAACAUGUCCUUUUGAAGAAGCUUAGAGAUGCGCUCAAAUCUUUAAAAGGACACGUAGCUGGAAGAAACAAGGAUGAUGUAGAGGAAGCUAUUGCCAUGGUUAAUGUUUUAUGUUUUGCAGUUUUAUCAUUGAACUAUGAUCUAUCAGUGAUAUGCCAGUCCUAUUUAUAAUAAUUUUGAAAGUUAAAUGCUAAUAUUUAAAAUGCAUUACUACUUUUUAGUAUUCGCUAUUAGUCUUGGUGUGUAGGAAAUAAUGUUCAUGGUGAAAUAUUAGGGAAAAAAUGCUGUAACUUUAAGGGUGUGAUUGCUGAUUUGUUGCUUCAGUUGAAAUUGCUAGGUUCAAUGAUGCUAAUAUCAUUCAUCUCAACAUUUUCCAAA